UUUUCCCCCUUUUCCACUCCCCCAUUAGCUGUAAGCUGGAGAAUGGCACAAGCAGAGGCAGCUAACCCAAAUGACAUUGAGUUUGUGGCCACAUUUGACUUGGAUAAAGCAGCUCCCAAAACCUGCAAGGAGAAGCUACGUGAUACAAUGGAAUCUAAUUGGUUUAUGGUAUGCAUAAUUUUGCUUGUUGUAGUGGAUUGUGUGUUGGUGAUAGUAGAGCUAUUGAUUGACAUUGAAGUUAUAUACAUACCAGAUGAAUUUCACUCUAUCCAUGCGAUUCUGCACACCAGCGGUUUAUUUAUCCUGUGCGUUUUUACAGUUGAAAUUAUUCUGCGCCUGUAUGUGAUGGGGUGGGGAUUCUUUAAAAACAAAAUGGAAGUGCUAGACUCUGCCAUCGUUUUGAUCUCAAUAACCAUGGACUUAGCAUUGGUGAACAGCCAUGGUGCAUCUAUUGGCAGUGGCCUGCUGAUAUCUCUUAGAUUAUGGAGAGUGGCUCGUAUAAUUAAUGGUAUUAUACAUGCGUUGCAACUGCAGAUGGAGAAGAAGCUUGAACUCCAGCACAAGAUGCUGGAAAUGUGCGAGGCAGAGCUGUUGAAGUUUAAAGAGUAUACCGCAAAUCUAGAAGAGGAGAAUAAUGAAUUGAAGCAGGUUCUAGUGAACAAUAAUAUAGAUUUCAACGUCUCCUUCAUAACGCGUCCAGAAAGCAACAUCACUUUUGAAGUUGGUGCUAGAUCUAGAUCUGCUCUUUAUCCCUCAGAAAGCUUUACAAAGUCUUCAACCAAAGUUUAAAUAAAAGGAUUUGUAUUGUCAAAUAUUUCAAAAUUUGGAUCAAAGCCUGCAGUGGAAAAUUUGUUUCAUGUAUUUCUAAAUAAGUCUGAAAGAAUACUAAUUAAAGUGCAAAAGAAUGUGUAGUCAUAAUUUUUUAAGAUCAAGUAGGUUUUGAGCAGGGUUACUAUUUUUUUUUAUAGCUAUGCAUUUGAAUUGAUCAUCAAUUCAUUUUUUUAUUUAUUUUAGAAAAAGAUACUUAUUAUUUCAUUAAGGUUUUUAAAAAUAUGGAAAUAAUUCAAUAUUUAAGCUAAUUUUUCAAACUGAAAAUGUACCAUUUACAUUUUACUGUAGCUAACUUUAACAAUCAACCAAAUUAAUGAAAAGGUUUAACAUUGGAAAUCAUUCCUUUUCUAGAUAAACAAGUGCUUGUAGACUUUUUUUAUACUACUCUGUAUGUUUCUGUGACCAUGUACCUAUUAAUUUUCAAGAUUAACAAUGCUGAAAUUUUUUGACAACAGAUGUUUCUUCUUGUAAUUAUAUUUGUUCUACUACUGCAACGCUAAGUCAAUACCAGGCUAUUUUUAGGAUUGAUUCAGUAGGAUAAAAUUUACAUUUUUCUGAUUGAAAUGAUAGGUUAAUACAGGGCUAUUUUUAGCAUAAAUAAUGGGCAUCUAUUUCCAGCCAUUGUGAUAAACUGUGAUAUUUUUUCUCCACGAUUUCAGUGACUCACUUGCAUGAUUUUUUCACUACUUAAUGCCCCGGACUUCACAGUGUCUUUAUAUUUCUAGGAAUGUGAACUAUGAUUUGAUGAGUUGAAGGGAUAAGUGUUUAAGUUGUUGCUAGAUUUUUAAAAUUUUGCAUCAAAUAAAAUAUAGGCUACAGUUUGCACCCUUUAAGUCAUGUACUUUUAAUUAUAAAAAAUCAAUAGAAUAGCUAGGCCUAUAUCUGAAAAAUAUAUAUGAAGUUUUUUUGUUGUAAAUGAAUGUUACUUGGUGAUUUUAUACUGUUGUGUAUGAUAAAUGCUUUAAUAAUUUCUCAUUGCCAGAGCAUUCUUCCACUUAAUUUUUAAGUCUGAUAACAAGUUUUGUUAAGGUCAAGCAAUGUAAAAAGUUGUGA